UAAGAACUGUUGAAUUCAUUUGAUCUCCAAAGGCACAGCCGCUAAUCAAACCUGUGAGGAAGGCUCAGGCCCCUCCUUCCCUCCCAAUCCCUUUCCGCUCAGAAAUCGCCUUUCAGCACGAUUAGUGCUGUGCUUGGAUUCUCUGCAGGUGCUCACAACGAACCGUCAAAAUUUCCAUACUCGAGGACCUUGAGUUUGCAGAGGAAGAAAUCAUGGGUGCAGGAGCCAGUGCUGAGGACAAAAAGUCAAAGGAGUUGGAAAAACAACUCCAGGAGGAUGCAGAUAAGGAGGCUAAAACAGUCAAGUUAUUACUGCUUGGUGCUGGAGAAUCGGGGAAAAGCACCAUUGUUAAACAAAUGAAGAUUCUUCAUCAAGGCGGUUACACAAAAGAGGAACAACUGGAGUUUAGAGCAAUCAUCUAUGGCAACAUCCUUCAGUCCGCUCUGGCUAUCAUCAGAGGCAUGGAGAUGCUCGACAUAUCUUUCGGCGCGUCCUCUGGACAGGAGGAUGCACAGAAGCUGCAGAACCUGUCCGAUUCCAUUGAAGAAGGCACCAUGCCCGCUGAGCUGGCUGACGUCAUCAUGAAGCUUUGGAAAGACCCUGGUGUGGAGGCUGCCUUCGAGAGAGCUGCUGAGUUCCAGCUCAACGACUCUGCUGGCUACUACCUCGGUGAAAUGAGCAGAAUCUGCAAGUCAGACUACCUCCCAACUGAGCAGGACGUGCUGCGAUCUCGAGUCAAAACAACUGGUAUCAUUGAAGAACAGUUCUCCUGCAAAGAGUUGCACUUCAGGAUGUUCGAUGUGGGCGGCCAGAGGUCAGAGAGAAAGAAGUGGAUCCACUGUUUCGAGGGUGUGACCUGCAUCAUCUUCUGCGGAGCUCUCAGUGCAUACGACAUGGUGCUCGUAGAGGAUGACGAAGUGAACCGCAUGCACGAGUCCCUCCAUCUAUUCAACAGUAUCUGCAACCACAGAUUCUUUGCACUGACUUCCAUCGUGCUUUUCCUCAACAAGAAGGAUCUGUUUGAAGAGAAGAUCAAGAAAGUCCAUCUGAGUAUCUGUUUCCCAGACUAUGAUGGCCCCAACACGUAUGACGAUGCCAGCAACUACAUCAAGGCGCAGUUUGAGGAUCUGAACAUGAAGAAGGGCCAGAAAGAAAUCUACUCCCACUUGACUUGUGCCACAGACACAAAGAACGUUGAGAUUGUGUUCAACGCCGUGACAGACAUCAUCAUCAAAGAAAAUCUUAAGGAUUGCGGUCUUUUCUAAGCGGCUCCAGAGUGAAGAGAGAACAUCCUUUCCAACCUUAACCCCUUACAUAUUGGCAUCGACUAAGAAGUGUACUGAUGGAGCACAGAGGAUCCUCAGACUGUUGUAUUUAUGCCAUCACCUCCAUGCCAAGUCCUGGUCCUUCAAUACUCUUCCACAUCUCCGACAGUACAUCUCCGCAAAACACUGCAUGUCCCGCUGGGUUGAAACAACAAUAAAGUCAUCACAUCAUCAUUGUGGACUUACACCUUUCUGCAAGAUACAGUAUUUGUCUCUCACCCGAAGGUAUGAAGGUAUCAAGAUGAAGUAGCUGCUCCUUCGAUCCUCAGUGCAUCCUUUUGACUACUGUGUUGUCAGUUAUAUUUCCUGCUAAAGCCAACCUCUGAAAAGUUACCGAAGCAAUCUGGGGAAAGUAUAAACAUUCUGAAUAGAGACAUUGCAACCUGAUUUUUGUUUUUUUUGAGUACAGUAGUCUCUGUGGUCUUGAUAAUUAAACUGGUAAAGUUGCUGAGCAAGAGUCUCAGAUAUACCCAGUGCUUGCAGUAUAUCCAGAUUACAAACCCAAUUGUACAUGUAUCUAAUCUAAAUAGCGUUAAUGUAUUCCAUUCACUAAACAUUUUAAUGUGAUGAAUAAAUUUCGCAACGUCAAGUAUAGUUGAGCAACUUUGUACAUAAGAGUAGGGAAAUUCAUUAUAUUUUGAAAGAUGCAUUAUGAAGGAAAUAUGCGAGAGAGGGAACCAUUAGAGAGUUGAUGCUUUGUUAUGAAAGGAGAAUGAAAACUGCGGUUUGUUCUUUCUUAUGAAAUGUAGAGGCAUGAAAUAAAAAUGCAUUAACUUUA